CUAAGCCCCGCCGCCACGUGUGCCUCUGCGUCCCAUGGAGAAGCCACGCCCUGCGCUGCCUGCGAUUGGUCAUUCCUCUUUACGGCGUCACGGUUCCGAACGCUGCUCCGGCUGAGCCCAGGAUUGGAUUGUGGAUGGCUGUUGGGUGCGAUUCACUUGCUGGCAAUGAGCGUGUGUUCCUGGCACAUCCUGAAGCUGCACGGAGUCUUGUGUCUGCGAGAUGCCCGUAUCGCCCAGUUGAAUCAGUUUUUUGCUGAGUGCUCAGAAGGCAUUAUGGGGACUCCAGCCUCCGUGGUCAGCUCACCGUCAGCCCCCUGGCAAGGACCAGUGCCAAGAUCAAGGAAAAAAGCUUCUGCUAAUAUUUUCAAAGACAUAAACCUUCUUCAGAUACAGACUCUGUUCCGCACCAGUGGCGAUGAGUGCGCAGAGGAGCGAGCACGGAUCAUAUGUGAAUAUGCAGGGGACAAGCAGGUGGCAGAGGCCUUGAUUCGGCUCAAAAGGAAGAAAAAGGGCAAACGAGCCCACAGGCAGUCUCCCAGGUCAAGCAAUGAUAGAAUCGGGAAUCUGUCUGUGCAGCAUUUCAGUGAGCUGUGUAUUAAUGAAGCUGACCACAAAGGAAGUCCAGCGACUGAGGAUAAUAACCCUGAACAACCGAGCAGCACUGGCCAAGAACCACAGCCUUGUGUGACAAAGAAAGAGACAGCAACAACUAGAAGAGGGAAGGGUAAAGUUAGGAAAGAGACACAGGAACGCCUCUCAGACUAUCUGCAUCAGAUAAGGCGAUGAUCUAAAACAUUUAAAAAUGAGAAAUACGUGUCAGUGCUGCUAUUUAUUGCAAUAAAAUGCCUUGGGAAAGGUGAUUUAAGACUUCUAUUGCAAUUUGUUGGAGGAUUCAGCAAACAAUACUGGACAACUAACUGUACCACUGCAACGGAUUGGCCUGUUGGAACCAAAAGACUAACCGAACAAGCCAAAGUUUCCCCUGCAGAAUCCUUCACAUCUUUAACAUGGCCUCAGCUUUGUUUCAUGUGGACUCACAUGCCAUGGGUUCUAGAACUAUAAUAGGAAUAUGAAAUGGGCUAGUCGGCAUAACCAUACACUGAACACAUAUAGUAAAGAAGACCCUAAUCUAAUAGUAUUGCAUGAAACAAGCCUGUUUGAGAAGUACAAUAUUUUGCAGCCAUCAUGGAACACAGGCUGAUGUAUUUAGCAUCCCGGGUGCUUUCUUCGCCCCUAGGAGAGCUGAUUGUGUAAUAUACAGACAAGUGCAGCGCCUGUAUGCAGCCUUUGUCAAAGCAAUACGUGUUUAGUCCAGCUAUCCAUGGGUAGAUGCCAAGGACGCUUGUGUUCAUAUCUCUCAGAUUCUGCCUCUCCAGCUGUUGUUGAACCCCAACUCCCUGCAUUCCACUGACAUCUAUUGAAUGGCAGAGGGUUAUAUAGUUCAAUAACAGAUGGAGAGCUUCAGGCUGAAAUCAGUGCUUUAAUGUAACGGAUGCAGAGAAUUUGGUGGCAAGGGUUACAAGAUGUCAUGAAAGCAUCUCAGACCUAGGAGGCAAAUGCUGCUAUAUGCCUUUUACAUUAUUAAGUUGAGUGCACUAAUUAAACCUAGAAAUUCUUUGUGUUCUGUAAAUGUUACUAAACUAAUCGCUGCUUAUUUAAAAGAAUACAUUGCACUAAAUGUACAAUUCAUCGAU